AUGCAGCGGCGAACUGCCCACCGUGCACCUGACCCAGCACCUGAAACACGGCCCGUGAUGACAGCUGCCACGCCUAUCGAUGUUCUCCAGAGCCUAAUCCGGAGCACCCAAGCCUCUCUGCUAAGAGCCAGUGCGUCUCUAACAGCAAAACCAGUAGAGUACUUCUACUCGACAGUGCUGGACGCGUUCCAACCGAAGAAACACCUCGGCGUCUUCAGCGGCGAUAGAGUGCCAUUGCCGUCGACCGAGGGCGAUUAUUCGAGCGUGGCGAUAUGCAUCCGCUCGUUGCUGCCUCUCGCACAGCAAUCUGAAAGGCAUAUAUUGGACAUGUCGAUAUUCAGCCUCCUGACUAUGUAUUUGAGCCUCCUGGUCAAGGACCCGAAGUUGACAGAAAUGGCCCGCUCUGCAUACACUUCAGCGGUUCGCGAGUUUCGCCUGUUCAUCGGAUCUCGCUUCCCUGCGGAGUUGGCGUAUCCGCAGACGGGCUACUGUCAGGUUUUUCUCGCUCUAUCUACAGCGCUGCAGCUGUUCGAGUACGUGAAUGAUAUGGGAGCGACUCGGUCUGGCUUUCUGACCCAUCACGAGGGAAUGCUCAAACUCCUCCAGCUAUCCGGACCUGAAGUAUACCAAUCGCCUUACCUGCUCCAGUCGUUCUCGGGGCUCCGUGGUAUAACUAUAUUCGUCGCUUUGGAGAAGAGACGUCCUACCUUCCUGUCCCAGCCUGCAUGGAUAUACACGCCAUUCUUUUAUCGCCCCAAGACAAGGAGAGAAAUCCUUCACGAUAUCGCCCUAGAGAUUCCUGCAUUAUUACGUCGUACGGACGACCUUCUCUCCUCACUCGUGCAAAGACCCGAUGCAGAUUCGAUUGAGGCGACGCUUAAGGCAAGCGAUCUCAUCCAGGGGUUGAUGGCAGCCCAGCAGCUUGUUGCGGAUUUCGCAAGGGUUAAGUCGGAUCUCGAAACAUGGCUCUAUGACUUCGAAAAGUCACACGCCGCAACCCCCCUUUACUGGAACACAGAUAGCGUCAUGGACAAUACCAAUUCCUACACGGAUCCAGUGUGCAUACCGGACCUGCAAGACCCAAGGUACCAGCUGAGAUUCCAGGAUGGUCAGAAAGCAGGGGCAUUAAUCUGCUACUGGAGCUUUAUGCUUGAACUGCUGAUGAGCUUGAUUGACGUACAGGCCACCGUUUCCACCAUGGCAGGAGCCCUAGAGCCAGUCGCCUGUACAAAGGACAGCAUCACGGCCAUGUGCAAGGACUUGGACGCAAAUCGCUCGGCGGCGGGCAAAAGUGCCUUCCUCAUCAUACAGUCAACACCGUACCUGAAAUGCUGCCUGGAAGGGGUCUUUGUGACCCAGUCACCGCUGAGCCUUGUCCGGAGAUAUUUUGCCAGACAACAAUAA